CAGUAGUAUACUGAAAAUAACUAUUUUUUUUUUAUAGAGUAAUAACGAAGUCUUUAAGUUGUUUUUAUUGUACUUUUUUGUUUAUGUACAUGUUCAUUUAAUAAUGGUUUAUAUAUUUUAAUAAUACAUAAGUUAUUUUAGUAAUAUUAUUGUAAUAGUUUAAUAAUAAUUUGUUUGUUAUCAAGUUUAUGUUUAGAAAUAUUAUUUAUAAGAUGAAAAAAAAUUUGAAACUAGGAUGUGAAGUGCGUGGGAUUGACUUAAAAACAGAAAAUAGACCUGAAAUCAUUAAACAAAUACAGGAAGAUGUCACAGAACAUAGAAUCUUAAUAUUUAAAGAUCAAGGCAUCAUAAGUGGUGAUAGGCAUGUUGAAAUUAGUCGUUGGUUUGGAGAGUUAGAAUCUACAUUCUACAAACAUAAGAAAUCACCUCAUCCUGAUGUGUUUCGAGUAUCUAAUGAUGAAAAUGAAGGAUGUACAGGUGUUGGACGAUCGGGUUGGCACAUAGAUGGAACAUUUCAACCAGCACCAUUUAGUUAUUCUUUAUAUCAUAUGGAGUCUGUACCUAAGGAAGGACACACAUUAUUUAUUCCACUAACAGAAUUAAUUCAAAGUUUGGAUAAAGAUACUUAUAACACUUGGAAUCGAGCUUGGAUGGUCAGUGAUAGAAGAUCAUCACCUAUCCAUCCACUGAUAUAUAGUCAUCCUCGAACAGGCAAACCAGUAUUAUGUUUUCAUUUGGGAAUGACUACUGAAUUUAUUUGGGACUAUAAACUUCCAUCAGAAUCCAUUGCUAGCCAUGAAGAAUACGAAGAACUUUUAGAUUCAAUAAAUAGUAAAAUCAAUCAAGAUAAUGGAAAGUAUAUAUAUGUACACAAGUGGGAACCAGGGGAUUUCAUUAUAUCUGAUAACUUAGCUGUUGGACAUUUUGCUCACUCAAGUACACAGGCACCCAGAAGUAAAGUUGGUCUCAGAGUUUUACAUAGAACUACUAUUAAAGGAACACAUCCACCAAAGAAAUAAUAUAUAAAUAAUAAAUAUAUAUGUUUUUAAUAUAACUAUUGUUAUAAUUUUAAUACUCCUAAACAUGUUAUGUAUUCUAUUAAAAAAUGUAUAUUAUUA